UUUUCAAAGCCGUUCUACUACCUCUGCCUUCACCUCGUCUUCCGUAACCUGGUUCAUUGACGAAUUUUGUCGGCGGGCUUUUUUAACAUGACAGAAAUGCACAUCUGAAUCCUCUAUUCAUCUACAAAGCAUUCAAAUACAUUUGUAACCUCCAUUACUGAUUAAUAGAAGGCCGGUCUACUCGGUGUUUUUAACUAGACGAUCGCCCGCGCCUGGCCAGGCAUAAAGGCCACAAUGAAACUCACAGACAAUGUGUUGCGGAGUUUCAGGGUUGCAAAGGUUUUCCGGGAGAAUUCCGACAAAAUUAACUGCUUUGACUUUAGUUCAAACGGCGAGACGGUUAUAUCGAGUAGCGACGACGACUCGAUUGUCUUGUACGACUGUCAGGAAGGAAAACCAAAACGGACCCUCUACAGUAAGAAGUAUGGUGUGGAUCUUAUCCGAUAUACUCACGCUGCCAACACUGUCGUCUACAGCUCCAAUAAAAUUGAUGAUACUAUACGAUACCUUUCUCUGCAUGACAAUAAGUACAUUCGCUACUUUCCCGGACACAAUAAGAGGGUUGUUGCGCUGUCUAUGUCUCCUGUUGAUGACACGUUCAUAUCUGGCUCACUUGAUAAAACUAUUCGCCUGUGGGAUCUGCGCUCACCAAAUUGUCAGGGCCUCAUGCAUCUCCAAGGGAAGCCAGUUUGCUCAUUCGAUCCCGAAGGGUUGAUUUUUGCUGCAGGGGUUAAUUCUGAGAUGGUCAAACUUUAUGAUCUACGCUCCUUUGAUAAGGGCCCAUUUGCCACAUUUAAACUACAGUACGAGCGCACAUGCGAGUGGACGGGUCUCAAGUUUAGCAACGACGGAAAGCUCAUAUUAGUCUCCACAAACGGAGGAACGCUCCGAGUGCUGGAUGCCUUCAAAGGAGCCGUUCUCCACUCAUUUGGGGGCUAUAAUAACAGCAAAGGCUUGGUUUUAGAGGCCUCGUUCACACCAGAUUCCCAGUUCGCUAUGAUCGGGUCAGAGGACGGGAAGAUCCAUAUGUGGAAUGCCGAGAGCGGGUUGAAAGUAGCAGUUCUUGAUGGGAAGCACACUGGUCCCGUGACCUGUUUACAGUUUAACCCUAAAUUCAUGACCUUUGCCAGCGCUUGUUCUAACAUGGCAUUCUGGUUACCCACGAUCGAUGACUAAUGGGCCGUUCUCAGGACUUGUGUCGGGAGAUGUUUGACUGUGUGAUAUCAUCUUCCAGCAGAUGGUGACAGACACCCUGUUCUUGACACAGGAGAAACUCAUAUUUGGACUUUUUAACUGUAAAUAUAUUGGUCUCGAUGCUGUUGUAUUUCAGAUCAUUCUGUGAUAAAGAUACAAUCUUUCACCAAAGCUUGUUCUUUUGUAAAACAUUGUAAAAUAAUCUGUUUGCAUUAUGUUUUGUUUGUGAGGUAGUAGCUAGUAUGAAGUGCAGAAUUCAGAAUGUGCAAACAUUACGACAGAAUUCAGCACCUGUAUCUUGUGCAGUCCUAAGAAAUCUCAAUGGAACAUUUUUUUAAAAUAAAAGUGUUUAUACAAUUUGCUGAUGUGCAUCCUAAUAUACUCCGUCUGUGAGGAAAGAUUGCUUUAAUGGAGUUUUUGGUUCAGCUUGUUUUUAUAUAUAUGGGUAUGUGUGUAUAAUAUACUUUUGUAAUACCAGCAAUAUUGUGAAAUUUUUAUUAAAUACAAUCUCAAAAGGAAUCAAUAUACACUGACCACA